AAUAGACUUUUUCCAGCGCUCCUUUCCCAACAUUAGGCAGUGUCCACUUGUGUGCAUGCAUGAAGCUGUUGUUGUGCUGCUCUCCCGUCUGCUAGGCUCUGGCUGGGAUGUUUGAGUCGCGCUGCCCGGUGGGGUGACGGGGACGGGGACCGACACAGAGAGAGCGGCCGGAGAGACCGAGAGGGGACGGAGGGGACCGGGGGGGAGCAUGGCUCUGGCAGCGCUGGCGCUCUGGGUGCUAACAAGUCUCACCUGGGCCACCGGGGUCCAGGUGUCCAACAGACAUUCGGUUUACUGGAACAGCUCCAACAUACACCUGCGCAGGGAGGGAUACACAAUGCGAGUGAACGUCAACGACUACCUGGACAUCUACUGCCCUCAUUACAACGACAGCCAGCGUAUGGUGGGCACCGGGGAGCAGUACAUCCUCUACAUGGUCAACUACCGCGGCUACAGGGACUGCGACCACCAGAAGGGCUUCAAGAGGUGGGAGUGCAACCGGCCUCACGCCCCUCACGCGCCCAUCAAGUUCUCGGAGAAAUUCCAGCGUUACAGCGCCUUCUCGCUGGGCUACGAGUUCCACGUCGGCCAGGAGUAUUACUACAUCUCCACGCCCACGUAUCACCAUGGACGCAGCUGUUUGAGACUACGCGUGUACGUCUGCUGCUCUACCUCUUCUGAUGCGGAAGAUGAACCAGAGCCAACAGAACCAGACUACACGCUUAGACCAGGCUUAAAAAUCGAUGACAUUGAUGAAUUUAACCCCUUCGUCCCCAAGCUGGAGAAGAGCGUCAGCGGGAGCAGUCCAUCCAGAGAUCGCCUUCUCCUCACCGUGACGAUGCUCUUACUGGCGGCCGUCUUCAUCUCCUAGCAACGGCCAUCCCAUCAGCGUCACCAUGCCAACUAGCCUUGGGAAGGUGCACACUGUCAGUGGGUGGGAGAGUGGAGAGUGGUUCGGGAGUAAAGGAGAGGAACAAGGAGCAAGAUUUUGAAAUUUACAUUUUCAAGAAUCACCGUGUGAAUGUGUGUUUGUACAAGCUGUGCGCUUGAGGCGGUGUCGAAAGACCUUCAUGCACUUGGUGACACAGACUGAACUGUAUUUUGUAUCCAAGUCAGCCUGAUCUCACAGGUGCAGGUGUGGUAAAGUAUUUGCGUUACUUCUUUUUUCUUUUCUUUCAUAGGUCUGCUCGUGUGUGUGUGUGUGUGUGUGGGAUUGUGUAUGUGUUUGAGCAGGCCACAAGGUGAGCUUGUUGAAUCACGCUUACCACUCAAAGCAUUUAUACAAAAGGAGAGGCGGGGUGAAAUCCUAAUAAAAAGAAGAAAUCCGACCACCCUAAUGAAAACAAUUUGAAGACUUUCACUUGGAUCUUAUUGGCUAUAACACUUCCUUAGGGCUAGUUACCAUAGUUUCUUGCACCAAGACUUAAACUAAACUGAACUGAACUGAAUUGGAUAGAUUUUAGAUGAUGUGAACUGAUAUUGCCUUUUUGUUGUCGUUGAGCUUGAUGCUGGGAACCCCACGGAGAAAUCCAGCUCAUGAGCUACGCUGGGUCUGGGUGGGACACUAGUCAAAGUAGCUGAUACUUCACACACAAAAACACCCUGGGGCUCAUGACAUCAGAGUUUUAGUUGCCAUCUUCACUUUGCUGUACCUUCGUAUGUUCACCAUCCAUCUGAAGAGGGUAACAGGACUGGAUUGAGUCACAGAAAAUUUAAAGCAUUUAAGUGUGAAGCAUUCAUUUUGAGGGGGAAAAAACAAAAAACAAGCGAAAAGAAUUGAUGUGCCAUUGACAGAAGCAGUAUGUGUUUGUUGAUGCUGUAAGUUACUGUUUGAUUUUUCUGUCUCGUCUACUUGGUUGGUCCUCUGUCAUCUCUGAGGUUAACAAAGCACAUGAUGGCUACAGAGCAGCCAUGGAUACGCUCAGCAAUACUAGCCUCCUCACAGCGGACUGUCUCACGGAGAGGAGGAGCACGGAGGAAGGAUGACAGAGGAAGGACAGUCACACACAAAAGCGUCUGUGAAUAGGGCCAACAAGAAGUUUCCCAUUGGCUCUUACUGGUCCGGCAGCCUGCUCUACCAACCGCAUUGUCUGUAAACCCAUAUGUCACAUGUGAAAAGUUAUCUGUUACUGCGCGAGUGUGGCUAUGUGUGUCUGAGUAGGAAACGAUGCCUGAUUGUGUUGUUUGCGUGAGUUUGGGAAUGAAAAUGGUACUAACAAGUUGGAAAUACAUCCACAACUGUACAUCCUGUAAUUAUAAAAAUGCAAAAUGAAAAAAAACAAAAAACAAAACAAAAAACACACAAAUCUUAAACAGCAAGUGAUACAAACAUUUUUUUUUUUUCUGGUGGGGAGGAGCAGCAAUUCAAAACUCAAGCAAAAUACCAAUCAAUUGCUUCAGAAUAGCAUUUCCAUAGCAACUAGCACCUUAUUCACCAUGGUUACCGUAUCCUGUCAACGAUGGACUCCUGUAGGGUACGGCAUGCUAUCGUAGCUGAUAACAGUGAUGAAGGUGAUGCUGAUUAUAAUGGUGAUUAAAAUGACGAAGAAGAUGGAGUGCGAGCUGAUGGCUGACCUAAAAAGGUCGCUCAGGGGCUCACCCACCGGCACGUGAGACGGACGUUCAAGUACUCGUGUAAAUGUCCCAGCAGACUAAGAAUGGAAAUACAAUGUCUUGAUAUCUGCCGAGGUCAAAUGUGAUGUAAGCAUUUUUAUAAACUUGAAGCUCAAUUUGUUGGGUUUUUUUUCUUUUUCGUGGUGGUUUUUCUCUGUUUUUUAUGACUAUGUCUUUGAUUUUGCCAUGCUAGAAAUUUGGUUAUCUUGAGGGAGAAAACAGGGGUUUGAAAGGUGGAAAAUAGGCUUGAACCAUAUGUAAACUUGGGCUGCACCCAGUAACCUCCAAGUUUGAGUUUUCUUACAGACAAGUUCAUGACUGUGUCAGUGGAAACUGUGGUAUAAUGGUUGCAACACCAUGUUUGAGUGUUUACGAGAUGCUCUAAUGGAGGGCGUUCCUAGCGGCCAGAGGCUGAUUGUCCCAUCCAUGACACCUACACAGUGUUAGUCAUUUCAUGUUGUGGCUGAUAUGGAUGGGCCACUUCCUUAGUUCAGGCAGUAGCUUUAUUUGAACAGUAUUUACAGUCCUGGUGAUAAAUGAAAGUCUUUGUAGCCAAGUACAUUUAAAGGAAAAUUACAAAGUGAUAUAGUAAAGCAGAUUUGGGCUACCAGGUUGGGAGCCACUGAUAUAUAUAUAUAUAUAACAUAUUAUUAGAUAUUUUCAUAUAUAUAUAUUUAUGCUUAACUAGGAAGUCUUUAUUUUUCCUCCAGAAGACAGGUUCCAAAACCUUGCAGCCGCGUCUGGAAGCCUGCGUGUAAACAGCAAAACAACAAGAUGGUUGUGCCUAUGGAAACAGUCAUCGCUGUGCAGUGUGUAAUCCAGCCCAGGUGUAUAUAUGGCUCUUGGAGGGAGGAGGACGUAGGAAAGAUUUGGGUUCAGGUGUGGUGUUUAGGAGCAGUACAAAAGGUUUAAUCACUCUUCUAGAAGUUGCACUUAAGAUUUCAGACACGAGGGCAAGAGAGUGUAUGUGUGUCUGUGUGUGAGGGUGAGAGUCGGAGCUCGUUUGUGUUUAUCCCUUCAUGACCGCGUGCAGAAGCUCCCAUGUCUGUAUUUACGUGUGUGUGUGUGUGUGUGUGUGUGUGGACAGGAGAGUGAGUAACAGUCACUAUUCUUGUUAUUUCCAUGCCGUUUGGGUGCGAAAGCGUGACUGAUUGUCUGGAAAAAAAUAGAAAAAGAAAGAAAAAAAAAACACAACCGAAGCAUUUAACAGUGUUGGAAACAACAGUUACAAUCAUGUUUACCUUCAACUGGAAUGACUUUAAAUGAACUUGAAAAUAAACUGUCAACUGAAUAAACCAUAACAGAGGUUAUAACAAUGCUCAUGAUAACAAAAUAAUAAG